AUGUUUUGUUGUAUUUCAAACCGUGUGCCACAUGAGCCAGUGGUGUCAAGGCUCUCUGGUUGCCUGUACGAACGCUCGUUGGUCGAGCAAUACAUCGCCGAGCAUGGCAGGUGCCCUGUCACUGGCGAGGCGCUGCAGAAGGAUGACCUCAUUGCUGUUCGCCCAACGGUGUUGAAGUCAGUAGCGGGAGGAGUGGGGGGAGCACUGUCGCCCAGCAGCGAGACUGUCCCAGGCAUCCUGGCGAAGCUUCAUUCCCAGUGGGACGCCAUUAUGCUCGAGCAGUUUUCACUGCGGCAACAGCUUGCCCAGACGCAACAGGAGUUGGCGCAGGCGCUUCACCAGUACGAGUCAGCCUGUCGCGUGAUUGCAACGUUCAUCAAGGAUCGCGACGCAGCAGGAACUCAGGCGGAUGAACAGGCAGCCGGAGAGAAGGCUCAGUCUUUACGCGACAAUAAUAACAACAAAAACAAAAGCGGCGGCAGUGGUGGUGGACUGUCGGUACCAGAAGCGGUGCUAAGGGAUCUCGACGAGUACGACAAACUUCAACGUGUAAAGCGGAAGACCAGAGUGACCCCGCCAUCGUUGGCAUCUGAACAAAAUGUGCGGGACUUUGUUGAAGAAGCCUCUAUCGACGUGGCGAAGAGCGUGUGGGCCGCCGCUUUUUUUACAGACAACGCUGUUUUUGUUGGUUUAGAUGACGCCACGGUUGCCCACUACGAAGUUAAAAAUGGUCGAGUGUGUGCAACUGGCCUUGGGCAUGAGAGGGCUGUGCAUCACAUCAUCCUUCACAACACUGGCAGUGCCCUCCGUGUUGUUUCAGCAUCGGAUGAUGCCACACUGCGCAUAUGGAGCUGUGAGGCGGAGGCGUUGCUGUGCCAAGGCGUUGUUCGUCAACACGACGGGGGCAUUGUCGGUCUUGGAGGGGUUGUGGCUGGCCACCUGCUCCUCUCUGCGAGCGCAGCUCGUAUCGGGCUUGCGGACAUUGAUCACAUGGAGUCUAUCGCGUCCAUCACGGCAGCAGCUGAGGAACUCUCGGCAUUCACGUGUUUGGGUGUACAUCCUUACGGUUCACUUGCGGCGCUUGGAGUAGAUGGCGGAGGAAUUUGCAUUUGGAACACACGUCAGAUGUGCGUGGACACCAUUGUCCCAUUUAAUGUUGAGAGCAACGUUUGCAGCGUGGCGUUCAGCGCAGAUUGCUUCACCUUGGCGACAGGACUUGUCGGUGGCAAGACAUUACUGUGGGACCUUCGAAAGAUGUCUGGGCCAAUCCACACCUUGUCUUCUCCGUCGGUAACGUCCGCAAGAGUGUCUCCCGUGGCGUGUAGUGAAGUUCCUGUCGUUGCCUUCGACAGCAGCGGUAAAUAUCUUGCAGUGGCGGGGAAAGAAGUUUGCCUGUUUGAUUGGGGCAAGUCGACGCUGCAGAGUUUGGCGACUUUGAGCUCGCACCUGCAGCCCGUCACUGGGGUCUGCUGGGGUGCGGACGCACGGAGCCUUGUCAGUUGCUCGGUAGACAAAACGGUGAAGUUGUACGGCACUGCGUGA